CACCACGCCUCGCCUCGCCUCGCCUCGCAACCGAAACGCAAUCGCCGCCGCCGCACCGCAACCCGCCGUUUCGAGAUGAAGUUCGUCGCCGCGUACCUGCUGGCGUGCCUGGGCGCCGAGUCCGCCGCCGAGGGAGGCGCCGCCCCGGCGGCCCCAGCGCUCCCGAGCAAGGAGGACGUGCGCCGCAUCCUGGGCUCGGUGGGCGCCGAGGUGGAGGAGGACCGGCUGGACCUGCUGUUUGCGCAGCUGGAGGGCAAGGACGUCGCCGAACUCAUCGCCGCGGGGAGGGAGCAGCUCGCCUACGCGCCGUCCGGGGCCGCCGCCGUCGCCGUCGGGGGUGCGCCGGCCGCCGCCGCCGCCGCCGCCGCCGCCGCCGCCGCCGCCGCCGCCGCCGCCGCCGCCGAGGCCAAGGAGGAGAAGGAGGAGAUGAAGGAGGAGGAGGAGGAGGAGGAGGAGAACAUCUUCAGCCUCUUCGACGACUGAUCGCCCGGACGCGCGCGGCCUCUCCUCCCGACGAGAUGAUGAGUUGAGAUGAUCCCUGUGCUGCGUUACCUCCUGUUGUUAGCUCUAGUUGGUUGCUGGUAGUAGUAGUAGCAGUAGUAGUCUUCUGAGUUUGAUAGAUCUAUGGUCGCUUGUUGUCUAGCUUUUGGGUGGCCAGAUUAGUCUUGUUGAUCGGAGAUCUGAGUCUGUUCUAAUCGAGUACAAGCAGCGUGUUCCAAUCUUAUUAGCGGAAGAUACUAUCCCGCAUUGCAAUCCCAACUGUUUUGGUCUUUCCAGUGUCA